UGCAUCUGUGAAUGUGGAAUUUAGCAAGCAGCAAAAUCAGAUUCACUGCAUAAAACUGAUUUUUUUGGACAAUUGGACAAUUCAACGUUAAUAUAAUAUAAAUGAGUAGCCUAUAUAUGAAAUUUGAAGAAAAAAGCGAUAGAUAGAAUGCGCAUGCGUACGAAAAUGACGGGCGGUCCUUAGAGAAGUUUAGGAUGUUUGUUGACGCCCCUUUGAAAUGUGGGAAAUGUGGUUUUAGGUGCCUGACGCUUCUUUUGUAGUCUACAACGUAUUACGUAAGGGGGUCAGUAACUACACUGACCAACCGGUAUGGUUUUAAAAACAAGGUUUCGCCUCUUAUUAAAGUGGGAAUCAAAGGACACCGGCAGCCUGCUAUGUCUCCUGUACAAGAAAACUCGCGAUGGCCCCGAGUAUCAAAGUUCACUCUGUCAGCAUGUGCUGCAACUGUUGCAGAGUUAGUCACAUUUCCUCUGGACCUUACCAAAACCAGACUUCAGGUACAGGGUGAAGGUGGUUCCCGACAUCAUGGUGGAAAUGUACAGCCUCCAAAAUACAGGGGCAUGCUGAGCACAGCUCUGGGUAUAGUGCGAGAAGAGGGGCCCUUGAAACUGUGGCAAGGGGUCACACCAGCUAUCUACAGACAUAUAGUGUAUUCAGGCGGCAGGAUGUUAGCUUAUGAACAGCUCAGGGAAUCUGUCCUGGGAAGAUCUGAAGAUGGCGUUUUUCCAGUAUGGAAAGCAGUGAUCGGCAGUAUGAUAUCAGGUGCCUUGGGCCAGUUCAUCGCUAGUCCAACAGAUCUAGUGAAGGUUCAGAUGCAAAUGGAGGGCAGGCGCCGUCUAGAAGGGAAGCCGCCAAGAGUACAUGGGGUUUACCACGCAUUUACAAAGAUCGUAGCAGAGGGAGGAAUACGAGGCCUUUGGGCUGGAUGGGUUCCCAACGUUCAGAGAGCUGCACUGGUCAAUUUAGGAGAUCUCAUGACAUACGAUACCGUAAAGCAUUUUCUACUGAGAAACACCUCCAUACCAGACAACAGCAUUUGUCACGGAUUGGCCAGUGUAUGCUCAGGAUUGGUUGCAGCUAUUAUGGGAACACCAGCUGAUGUGGUGAAAACUAGAGUAAUGAACCAGCCACGGGAUUCAAAUGGGAGGGGUCUUCUCUACAAGUCUUCUACUGACUGUCUGGUUCAGUCUGUGAGAAAAGAAGGAUUUUUUUCCCUCUAUAAAGGAUUUCUACCAACUUGGUUUAGGAUGGCUCCCUGGUCUUUGACUUUCUGGCUUACAUUUGAGCAAAUGAGACGAGCAAUGGGCAUCAGCUCAUUUUGACGAAUUUAAGAGUUGGACCUAGAAUAUUUUUUUACUUUGUCUCUAUAAAGUUUCUGAGCUGAACAUUCCAGUCCUCAUGUUUUUCGGUGUGAAUUGUAUGCAGGUACCGAUUGCAGGACACGAAUAUUAGGAUGAAGUUGUUUGAUCACUGUAUGUGCUGGAAAAAUGUAAAUGGCAUAGCAAUCAUUAAGUCCUUUAAAAAAAAAGACAUUUGUUGUCUUCUUUUAACAUUUUUUAAAUGGUACAAACCUGGAUCAAACAACCACUAGAGGGCAUCCAGUCAAAAAAAAAUUGAGCAGAAACGAAAUAAACCCGGAACGUAAACAUGAACCCGCUGUGUGUGUCAUUUCCGCUCUGGCUGUUUUCACAUUCAAUCAAAUGGCAACGCUGAGCAGCGGCUCGUCUCGGCGUUUAGUCCAGUAUGUCAUCGUCCGAUCAGACCUUAUUCACACUUUGUCGUGGCGGUUAUUACUCAAGCCUGUCACGCGGCCACUGCUGCUAUACAUUUACACUACAGUGACUCUGAUACUCGGGAGUAUCUGGCAGAACUGGACAGCAUGCACAAAGUAGUGCUGCAGGCACCAGAUGAGGCAUCUCUCUCCGCUCUUGCCAGUAGUCUACUAGAAAAAGACAUUGCACAUAAGCUAUGGAUGGAGCAGCCAGAGAAUAUCCCCACAUGUCUGGCAUUGAAGCCUUACCCUAAAGAUGCCGUGCAGCCAUUUCUAAAAAAGUUCAAGCUUUUCAAAUGAAUUCUGUAUGAAUUGUACUAUAUAAAAACAAAGAUUGUUCAGAAUGGAA